GGGAACAAGUAAGAAGAAAAUUGUUUGUCAAAAUCGAGGCUCGACAUCGACUAGGCUGUCUUGUUUUGUAGCUUACUAAAACUCCGAAACAAUUUGGAGGGAAAGCAAUCCCCGGCGGCAAUCCUCAGCCGCCUCCCGCCGUCCAAUCAUCAUCACUAAGCUCUCCUCGGCCGUGGAGAUGGAAAACGGAGAUCCCAACAACGCUCCCUCGCCGGCCCACGGCCGCAUCAAGCUCAACGUCGGCGGCAAGCUCUUCGAGACCACCGUCUCCACCCUCCAGUCCGGCGGCCCCGACUCCCUCCUCUUCGCCCUCUCCAACCGCGCCGUCGCCGACCCCAACCCCGUCUUCAUCGACCGCGACCCGGACAUCUUCUCCGUCCUCCUCUCCCUCCUCCGCACCUCCCGCCUCCCCUCCACCGCCUCCUCCCGCUAUUCCAAGCAGGAGCUCGCCGACGAGGCCCUCUACUACGGCGUCGAGUCCUGCCUCCGGUCCGCCAUGUCCCCUCCCCCACUCGCCGGCAUCGACGCCUCCGUCGUGUCCACCAUCCGCCCCGCCUCCGACGGCUUCCCCUCCUCCUUCACCGCCGCGGGCGACGGAUCCCUCUGGAUCGCCCACGGCGGCCAGAUCUCCUGCUACGACUGGAGCCUCGCGCAUACCGCCACCAUCAGGACCCACUUCGAGGAGGUUACUUCGAUCUGCCGCGUCUGGCCGGAAAUCGCCGCCGUCGGGUCCGAGGCCGCCCCAGGGCUCCACUUCUACGACAUCUCCGGCGGCCGCCACGUCGGGUCCACCCACUGGACCGACCCGUCGGAUCCGCGGAUAUACAAGGCCCGAGUCAUGGCCAUUGCCGACUCGGCAGACUCAGUAUUCGCUUCCUUUGAGUGCCCGCAUAAGGAGAACUCCAUCUUUGAGAUUGACAAGUCCACCCUUCAGACCGUUUCGGAGUUCGGCAGGCAGCCCGGUAGCUCUGCCAAGAACAUGGUUGCAGGGAAGCUGACGUGGCUGCCUGAGAGCAAUGCCGUCGUGGGAAGCGCCGUCUCCUGUGGUGCUUUCGGGUACUCAGGCUACAUCAGGCUGUGGGACCCCAGGUCCAGUGAGGUGGUUUGGGAGACAAAUGAGCCCGGCUCGGGCCGAAGCAGUAGGUUUGGGGACUCCUUCGCGGACAUGGAUGCGGACAUUGAGGGGUCGAAGCUCUUCAAGAUCUGCUCUAAGUCGGGGGACCUUGGAAUGGCGGAUCUGCGUAAAUUAGGGGAUGACCCGUGGGUUUAUCUGACAGACAAGAACUACAGCAUGAGGAACACCAGCGGGAGUGGCAGUAGUGUAAUCCGGUGCCACCGGGGCCAGGUGUUUGUGGGCAGGGAAGGGAACUUGGAAGUCUGGUCGAGGGUGGAGGAAGGAGAAAAUGGAGUGGAGGGAGAAAACGAUGCGAUGUAUCGGAGGAACUAUGUGGACAAGUUGGAGGAUGCUGAGAGAGGGACCAUAAGGAUGAUCGAAGGAGGGGGAGACAGGUUGUUUGUUGGGAGAGAGCAGGUUGAGGGCAUUGAGGUCUGGGAGAGUUCAAAUUUUGCUGCUGCCAUUCCCAUUUCGUGAUGGAACCGUGGGCAAACUGUUGCCGGUUCCAAUGUUUGCUUCAUAGUUCGGAUCUCGAUCAAUGUCCAGUUAGUCAUUGUAUUGGGUUGCUGGACAUUUCUCGAGAAGUUCCAUUGCUUGAGCUAUUGUUCUAUCUGUUUGCUGUUGUUGAUGAGGUGAAGAAAAGUGGAACGAACUCCUAAAGCAGAGGUUCUUGGAAUUGGUUCUCUAACUUUGGGUCGAGCUAUUACAUUUAAAUGAGCCACCACGACAUUGUGAAAUGGGGACUGGGAAUGGAACUAAAACAGCAGGAACACCAAUUCCGGUGUCGUCUUUGGAAAUUUCAACUUUCAAGUCCCAUUUAGGGUCCUUGUAUUUUGUUAGCUUUUGUACCUUCUGCAGUUGAAGCUGAUUGAUUUGAGCUCGAUGUGUAGCCAACUCGUCCCUAUGGUCCUGGAGCAAAAGCCAAGUGUACCUUGAACUCAACUUUAGCUCUUUUUUCGUGAAUAAUGGAGGAAGGGGGUCGUCCCUGUCAUUCUUGAAGCUGAAGAUGCUGCAAAGUUGAGAUGGAAAGGACAUUCCAGGUUCGCUAAUGAAUAAUAGUCGAAGGGGGAGAACCAAUUACAUUCCUGGUUGAUGGAUACCGUUGCCAUAGAAGCUUUACAAUUACAUGGGAUCAUAUAGCCAUCUUUCGAGUGAAACAGGAAGAGUUGAAGGUGAGGAGGAAGCUGAUGAUACUUGCUACGGACCUCGGUAGGAAAUCUGCCGCUUCCCUUCACGAGUUCAGCUGAGUAUGUAAUGCGAGACAUUGGAUAAAGAGCAGGCUGAAGAGCAGGAAACUGAGAAAGGAUGUUUUGCUGAGAUGCUGACGCUUUGUUCACGAGAAGAGCGAACAACCGUCGAUCAGUUUCGAUUUUGGAUCCCCGAGAUGUCUUCUAUGGAGUAGCACCAAAAGUACGAUUGGCCGCCAUAAAUAGCUCAUUCUUGGCUUAGCUCAAUCUAGAACUAGAUAAGCUUCUCUUCAUCCUCGGGAUGUUUGUUUUUCUUUCAGUACAUGUACAUUGUAAUCGCCUUCUAUGGCCUAAAAUUCGAAAUUUCUAUCCAUAGAUUUUAUGGAAAAACUCUUUAUCGUCUUA